ACGUCAUUAUACUCAACCGCAUUGUUAUUAAAAAAGAACUUCACGUUUGGCGAAUUAGCAGUUGUCGCCCAGGCAAUAACAUUGCUUGCUGUAGAACUAUGGGUCAUUACCGUUAAAAAGUUCAGACUUGUAAAAAUUCCAUCAUUAAAUCACCAUUUUCCAAGCGAUAUUACCAUCUUUCAGAUUGCCUUAAUUUUAGGAAUGUUCCUAAUAGGAAUCAUUCUUUCACCUUUAUUGGUACAUUCGAGGAAUUUAGCUCAACGUCCUGCUUGGAAAAGCAAACGUAAACGUGUUUUUCAAAACAAUGGUCGGAAAUGGACUUCUUUUGCCUUAUUGCCCGAAUUCAUGCAUUUGGCAUUUAGUGUGGCACUUUCUGCUUUUAUAUUUUUAGAAUAUUUACGGUACUUUGCUGUAUAUCCUUUAGGAAAAAAUAUACAUAUUUUUCUAAGUGAAUUUUUAGAUAAUCGUGAUUCAGGCCCUUGUAUUUUGAGUCAUUUAUAUUUGUUAGUGGGAUGUGCAGCUUGCAUCUGGAUGCAAGGAACCUCCAUCCUAGCAAACAUAUCAGGCAUUCUAACUUUGGGUCUAGGUGAUGCUAUGGCAUCCAUAAUUGGUAAGCGUUAUGGUCGUAGACGUUGGCCUGGAACAUCAAAGACAAUUGAGGGGUCCAUUGCGUUUAUCAUAUUCCAUUUAUUGGGUGCAUUUGCAGUGACCCGUUUAUGGCCAAGGAAUAAUUUGUUGCCAGGCAUAGAAGAGUGGCUAUAUUAUACUCUCGCUGUCUCAAUUACAGCUUUUUUAGAAGCUGUUUCAUACCAAAAUGAUAAUCUUAUGAUUCCAUUGUUUAUGUGGACUUUAACAUGCUUAUUAAUAUAA